AUGCCUCCAACAACAAUAACAACAUCUACUCCCAGCGCUACCUCUCCUGAAAAUAUCUCCACUUCAUCACCAAUAGAUGGUGCCACAACAACACAAGAUGUUAUCAAAAACAAGGAAUUCGAUGAAAGGAAAUCAGAAAAUGAAAUAAAUAAGAAUUAUAUUACUCCUGACACAAAACAUAAGCAUCGUAGCAAAAACAAUCAUCUGAAAGAUAAUGUUAAAAAUACUGAAGAUAUCCAUCCUGCCCCAAUACAAACAAUAGAUGGAGUUACUACCUCAAAGAUGCCCAGUGAAACCAUAGCAACAGAGAUUAGUAAAACAGUUACUAUAGCUACAGUACCAUCAACAAGCAAUCAACUUGAAAUAACUAAUGAUAGUGAAUUUAAAAAUACUCAAUAUAAAGAAGCAACUACUUCUGCUCCAACUAGACAUGUUACAUCUGCAACAGAAGAUACAUUAAAUGUUGAUAGUUUGGAAGUCAAUGAUUUUGAAUGGCUCCCUUUAAACUGGGCAAAGUGUACACGGCCCUGUGGCGAGGGAAUAAAGAAGAGAGAGGUUAUAUGUGCCAGUAAACUGCUUCAAAGUGAGGUGGAGGCUUCCAAAUGCUCCUCUCUACCUGCUGUUCCUAAUACACAGCCAUGUAAUGUUGAACCUUGCGUUGAGUGGGAGAUGUCAGAGUGGAGUACGUGUUCAAAGACAUGUGGUCGAGGAUCACAGGAGAGAGAAGUGACCUGCCCUAUACCCAACAUGUGUGAUGAUGAGAUGAAACCACAGACUGUACAGCUAUGUGAACUACAGGCCUGCUCAAGAUGGGUCAGUGGACAGUGGAGCAAGUGUACCAGAACAUGUGGAGGGGGCAAUCAGAUCCGCCAUGUACAAUGCGUAGACAACAGCAACAAUACUCCAACUACAGGCUGUGAUCCACAGCACCAACCUAAAACAUCAGCCAGAUGUAACACAGCUGCUUGUACACAUCAUAAAUCAGCUCACCUCAACACAGGCAAAUUCCAGUGUAGAAGGAAUACAAUGAGCAAUCACAUAUGUGGUGCCUUAAAACGAUUUGGACAAUGUCAACAAAGAUAUGUACAACUAAAAUGUUGUCGGACUUGUAAUAGCCACAGAUACCAUAGAACUAAGUCUAGGCUUAGAACUAGGACGACGUGAGGAGAGGAUUUUAUAGAUUUAAAUUAAUAUUAUGAUUGGUUUAUAUCAGUCUCAAGCUAUAUAUGUAUAUUAGUAUUAUGUAUAUGGAACAGACACCCCUCUCCAGGGGAAUAAUGGACUAGUCCCAUUGUUGAAACAGUGAAGUGGAAUAUUCCAUGUUGUGUAGUUUGGCCCAUGAGGGGUGUGAGAUUCGCCAACCCAAUAUGGGAAAACCUUUGAGUUGUGAAGAGAGAACUGAAUUUAGUUUGUACUGCAUUUAUAAUAGAAAUAAUAUUUAAAGUGACAUAUAGAUGGCAUAAUGAACUAGUAACAUUUUAAGGUUAAAAAGGAGAAUAAUACUACAUAUAGUAGAUGUACCUAUGCAAUUUGAAGCCAUUAAAUGACUAUUUAUUCUUCUCAUGACUUGUUUAAUAAAGCCUUGACUGCAGAUCGAUCAAUGUAACAAUGAUAUCAGGUUCUAAUUCACAUAAAGUCGUGAUGUUUUAUCUUCUUUUCAUACAGAAUGUGUACAUUAAUUGAUGAUGUUACACAUCAAGUGAUGAUGUCAUUACAUUCUUGAAAUUCAAGUCAAGUCAUAAUGUUUCACAUUAGUCAUGAUGUCUUUGUCAUCUUGAAAUGUACAUUAAAUCAUAAUGUCAUUACCUUUAUGUAAUAUAAGUAAAGAAUGAUAUCACACAUAAAGUCAUAAUGUCAUUUUAUAAAUGUUAAUCCUAACAUGACACUAUUGAAGGGUAGAGUGAGUAUGAGUACACGUCAUGAAAAUUAUGCUUGUAAUGUUAUUGAGUGGUGGAAAAGACAAGAUUUGUCAAAAGUGAACACUACAAAAAUUGUUUAUUUAUAACCCUCUUCCUCAAUAAAUAGAAUCAUACAGUUCUUAAAGGCCCCAUACAAAAUCUGAAAAUGUGGUUUAAACUUUAUAUGGGGCC